CUGCGCCCGAUUCUGGGCCGAAGCACAGGAGGGGCGAGGAUGGCUUUGCCACAGAGAGAGAGAAGCCAACAGCCACAACUACUCUUGGAAACGGGCUGAGCUGCCUGCCAUGUUGGAUGUUCUCUUUUGGAUAUAUAUCCGACGCGUUCAUUUUCUCAGAGCGUGCUUUGCUCAAGCGAGUGUGUGUAUGUGUGUGUGUGCCAAAGAGGAUUUGGUAUUUUCACGAAACAAUUGGGAAUCGGGGCACAGAGUUGGGCUCUGUGGCAGCUUUUGCGUGCAACGGGCCUGCUGCGGCUGUGUGUUGAGCGCCUGUGUGUGGGUUAGGAGAGUAUAUUGGGGCAGUUGAUGUAACUGUGUGGGAAACGGGUGGGUAGAAAAUUUUUCCUUGCACGAUCCUCAAAGUAGUGUGACGCGUUGAGGUGAAAGGACGAAGUUUUCGUUGGCUGGUGACGCAGUAUUAGGGAAGAAAGAAAAAAAAGAGUCAAGGAGGGAGGAGAGUGUAGGUAGUUGCAAGUGUUGAGGAAACAAAGAGUGGCUGUUUAGAUGAGAAAAGGAUAUAUUUUUUGGCGGCAGGAGAGCAGUUUUUGGAAAAACUAAAAAUGGACGAUGAUCAACAGUUCUGUCUACGAUGGAACAAUCACCAGAGCACACUCAUCAGUGUGUUCGACACACUUUUGGAAAAUGGAACGCUAGUUGAUUGUACAUUGGCGGCGGAAGGGAAAUUUUUGAAAGCACACAAAGUUGUUCUCUCCGCGUGCAGUCCGUAUUUUGCGGCACUACUCUCUCAACAAUAUGACAAACACCCAAUCUUUAUUCUCAAAGAUGUGAAAUUUCAAGAAUUGCGCGCCAUGAUGGACUAUAUGUACCGUGGCGAGGUGAAUAUAUCACAAGAUCAAUUGGCUGCACUGCUCAAGGCAGCCGAAUCACUGCAGAUCAAGGGACUGUCCGAUAGUCGGGGCAGUGGCGGAAGUGGUGGAUCAUCCCAGAAAGCUGAUACAUCAACAAAAGCACACGCAAGUGUACCUGCAGCAAAGCAGACGACGGCUGGCCUCACAAUAGAGCAGAAGAGGCCACGCAUUGAGAAGCAUCCCGCCACAUUAGACAUGGAGCCAGAUGUGUCUGAUUCACGAGAGGGCUCGACUAGUCCCAACUCCAGAAAACGAAAGAAAGUUCGCCGGAGGAGCAUAGAAACAAACAAUAUUGGCGAUAAUCAUGACCAGCACUCAAAUUCCUCGUCACAUUCAAUGCCUCAUGCUGCUUCGUCCACCCAUUCAACAUCAAUGCCAACUAUUACCUCAGCUACCUCUUCCGCAAGCGUAUUGAAUGUUACCAAAAAGACUGACCACCAAUCGCACGAGAGCAGGGGUGACAUUGAGAGGGAGAUGGAUGACAAUGGCGAUGAUGGGGCGGAUGGUGGUGAAUCGCAUCAGCCGGUAGUGUCAAGAAUGAAGCAGGGUGGCGGUGCAGGUGAUUCUGAUGCGACUGGCAAGGAGAAGAUGGAACAUUCAACGCACUCGGACAUGCUGAUCGAACCAAAAAAUGAAUAUGACGAGAGCAACGAGGGAAAUGUUGAGGAUCUGACACUUGACGAUGAGGAAUUGCUGGAUGAUUUGGAACAAGCUGGACCCAGUCAUGGUGGAGAAGGCUCUAGUCAAGGAUAUGCUCAGUGGCAAAUCGAAAGAUCUCAAGACGAGUUUGUUAUGAGCGGACAGGAAUCAGCUGGACAACAUCGGGAUGCACAAGAUGUGAAGACCAUCACUUUCGGUGAUGUCCUGAGUGGAUGCUUGCUGGAGAAUGAGAAUAUUGUAGUGACACAGAAAAAUGAUAAGUUUGUUCUGUUGGAAAUCAAUACACCAUCGACGGAUAAACGGAAAGAGGACACGCCGGAGGAAGUAAAGAGGGCAGUGAUAACGGAUCUCAGUGAUGCAAAAAGAGCUUUGCAGGAACAAUUGCAGAAGGCGUCGAAGGCGGCAGCAACCACAUCUGUGGUAACAUCAGUGGUGUCAGCACCGCCGAAAGCGGCCACGAAGAAUCACCCGAGGAUAAAGUACUCGAUGAAGCAGCCCGUUCCGGUGUCGCUGCACAAGAGCCUGAACAAGUUCGAGCUGCUGAACUUCUCGCUGUCGCGGAAGUAUGGCAAGAUGGCGGAGGCGGGAUCGGUGCUGAGCGGAACGGCGGUGACCGCCAGCUCUGGGAGUGCGUACACCAACACGCCGACAAGUGUUGGCGGAUCGACACUGAGUGUGAUCGAGACUGAAAUUGCCAAAGUACCCGCCUCAAUAAUCAUUGCACCAAAUUCCAAUAAGUCAUCCACCAUCAACGAGGAUCUCCAAUCCAGCAUCAUGGGUGAUCUGUCCAAUUAUGAGAUUGACGACAUCGAGUUGCCCGACGGCACGCAGAUUGGCUUCUCUGAUUCCACAGACAGCAUAGAUCGCGAUCAGACGCGCGCCGAUUCCAACUACGAGAGUCGCUCUGCGGACGACACCAAAUUUGCGUUCAUCGAGGGACGCACCGUGCCCAACUACGACUAUUCCCAAAGUGACUCCAAUGACGACGUGGGGCGGCAGUACGUGUGCCGGCACUGCGGCAAGAAGUACCGCUGGAAGUCCACGCUGCGUCGCCACGAGAACGUGGAGUGCGGCGGCAAGGAGCCGAUGCACCAAUGUCCACAUUGCGCGUACAAGGCAAAGCAGCGCGGCAAUCUCGGCGUGCACAUACGCAAGCAUCACGCCGAGAUGCCGCAGUUGGAGACGCGUCGCAAGCAUCGGUCCAUGUAGGACGAUAUCGGCACUCACCCUUAUCUUUGUACUUGAUGAUUUCUCAUCAUAUCUAUACUCUCCUUUAAGCGCGUUUCUUUUUGUGUAGCGAGAAACAUACAAUUCUCUUUAGGCGUAGCUUUAUUUGUCGCAUUGAAUUUACAAAGAAUGUCUCAAUACAUUUUUAUCUUGAGUGGAGUUUUUUUUAGUUUGAAAGGACACUCCUUUUAUGACUCUUGUCUGGUUUGCCAAUUUAUUCAAUUCAAAGAUUUACUUUAUACGCUGUAUUAGAUUUUAAGUAUUUUUAGCGAUGCUUUUCUGCGCGUUUGACUGCCUCCAAGAAAAAAUAACUGCAACACAUUAUUUAUCAAUCAUCCAACGAGAACAGUAAGAAAGAUCAAUAGCUCUAGAUCACUAAUACUUCCUUUUCAGCGUGAAAAGAUCAUACCUCCCAACGCCUCCCCAAGAAAUAGACGUUUAACUUUAGUUUUCAGCGAGUAGAUUUGUAAGGAUCGUAAAGAAAAUGGCAUAUAGUGUUAAGAAUGAGACAGAGAGAAAGGAUUUUUCAUGUAAUAACAUGUUUGCAUUACAAAUUUUGAGGAUGAAUUUAUGCUUAAUAAACAUAAUCCCACAUAGAUUUAUAA